CAAUAUUCAGCAAUUGAUAGGAGGGAGAGCAAUAACCAGGACAGAGAGAGCAGGGCAGGGACUGAGACAUGGGAGACAAAAUGCAAAACCCAAUCACGUUCUCUCCUGCGCUUAACAAGGCAAAGCCAUACUUGGCAAUGGUGUCCCUCCAAUUUGGAUUUGCAGGAAUGUACGUUAUCACCAUGGUUUGUUUGCAGAAUGGAAUGAACCAUUACAUUCUUGCUGUUUAUCGUCAUUUGGUUGCUACGCUAGUUAUUGCACCCUUCGCUCUAGUCCUUGAAAGGUCUGACCUCUCUUUGAUCUUCAGGCAAACUCUGCCUGGUUUACUGUCUAGUUCUUUUCUUAUAAUUAAAUUGAAACCUGCUGUUGCUUACUUCAAUUCUUCCUUUUCUUUAUACAGGAAAAUUAGGCCCAAGCUGACUCUCCCCAUUUUCCUGAGAAUCCUGGUGCUUGGUUUCCUAGAGCCAGUGAUAGACCAAAAUCUGUACUAUCUGGGGAUGAAAUACACGACAGCAACGCUUGCAUCUGCCACUGUCAAUGUGAUGCCUGCCAUUACCUUCGUAAUGGCAAUGAUUUUCAGGUUGGAGAGAGUAAACUUGAAGGAGAUGCGUAGUAUAGCUAAGAUAAUUGGAACAGUAAUCAUGGUCCCUGGAGCGGUCAUCAUGACUCUGUACAAAGGUCCUGCAAUCAAUUUUAUAAAGUUGCAAGGAGGAAGCCACCACAGUGCCACCAAUGAAGCUGAGGCUAAGCAUUGGGUUGCUGGGACACUGAUGCUGCUAGCCAGAUGCUGGGGCUGGUCAGGUUUUUAUAUUUUGCAAUCAUUUACAUUGAAGAUGUACCCAGCAGAGCUCUCACUUACAGCUUUGAUAUGCUUUAUUGGGACCAUAGGAGGUGCAGCAGUGUCGUUUGUGAUGGAAAGAGACAUGAACGCCUGGAAAAUUGGCUGGGACUCAAGCCUGCUAGCUGCUGUAUAUUCUGGAGUGGUUUGUUCUGGAAUCGCCUAUUAUGCACAAGGAGUUGUGAUCAGAGAACAAGGCCCAGUUUUUGUCACAGCCUUCAAUCCCCUUUGCAUGAUCAUCACUGCAGCUCUAGGAUCAAUUAUUUUAGCAGAGAAAGUUCACCUUGGAAGCAUAAUAGGAACAGUUGUCAUAAUUGUUGGACUUUACACUGUCCUGUGGGGCAAAAGCAAAGAUCCUCAAAAGUCAACAGCAGAGAAAGGAAAAGCCCUGGAACUGCCAAUCACAGACGGUGCUAAAUCAAUCAACUUGGAAGAUAACAUCGAGGAACCUGCUAGAAUUUUGAAGAUCCUAGCGGAGAGUCCAUUAACUCGAGAAACAUGACAGAAUAUUGCAAAUUUUGGGAGUUUUUUAAAGCUCUAAGUGGCAUAUAUCUUAUAUUAAUUCGGCCUUAUUAAUCUCUCCCUCCAUCGGAAAGUCUUUUUCUUAAAGAAUAAACCAAUCAACAGGCUUCAACCAGUCAAUAUUAAAGCUGUUAAUUUGAAUGGUUCUUCACUGUAUUAUACUUAUUUGGACUGCAGCGACUCAGUUUUUGCUAUCAAUAUAGUUUUGCAAG